UUUAUAUUAGAUGAAAUAGAGGUAGAUUUCUGUGAGUGAUGCAGUCUUUGUUCCUUGUGAGACGGGUCCAAAUCCUUCCUUUUGGUGCUGUUCAAUUGUCGCUAAUUGUACUGUAUGAGACCAAUAACAGGGGAGCGCGCACAGCCUGCAGCCACAGGGCGCACGGAGUGGGGAGAGGAGGGGAGGAUGGUCUCUUCCUCUUUUUUUCCUCCCUCCCCUCGCCGUCUCUCCCUUAAUCCCAUUUGCCAUUGUACAUGCCCAAUCGCCUAUACUUUCCGCAUUUAACUUGGAUGACAUUUUUAUUUCAUCAUUAGCAUCAGACACCGACUGACUGACACGCUGGGACACGAAGAGGUUUUUUUUUUUCUUUUUCUUCUUCUUCCUCUUCUUCUUCUUCUUCUUCUUCUUCUCACCCCCGCUUUUUAGACGGAAACACUCCGGGAUGAGACAUCCCCAUGAUUGUCUUUUUGUGACACGUAUCAGCGCUUUAUUUUAUUAUUUCACCCGCGGAGAAGGAAGUGUGUUUUGACGACGCUCUCCGUGUGUGAAGUCGAGUUAGAAAAACAGGAACUCCACGUACCUGGGAUUUCCACAGCCUACCGCAGCUGCAGCGAUGCCAGAGACAACACAAGAGACGUGCGCUCCGGCCAAGGAUUCCCCUUUCUUCAUCAAGAACCUGCUGAACUGUGACAGCAAGCCGUCUAAACCCAAACCACCGCUCGUCGCCUCCGCUAAGGCGGCCUUCGAGGGAGGAUUUUCCCUUUCCCAGGUCGGGGAAUUCAACUUUCCACGCUUCGACGUGCCCGCGCAGCGGUUCACUCUGCCGGCGCACUACCUGGAGCGCACCUCUGCGUGGUGGUACCCCUACACCCUCGGCUCGGCGGCUCAUCUGCACAGAACUGAAGCAAUCGAGAAACCAGGAGCCAGAGAUUCCUCCCCGACCUCUGGCACGGACAGAGACUCCCCGGACCUUGUGCUCAAAUCCGAGCCGGACGCGAAAGACGACGACGACGAGGACGAGGACGAGCACAGCAACAACAAAAGCAGCGACGAGAUCAUCCUGGAGGAGAGCGACGCGGAGGAGGCCAAGAAGGACGAGCUGGAGGAGUGGAAGAAGCGCGACGAGGACAAGAAGCCCUGCCGCAAGAAGAAGACGCGCACGGUGUUCUCCCGGAGCCAGGUGUUCCAGCUGGAGUCCACCUUCGACAUGAAGCGCUACCUGAGCAGCUCGGAGCGCGCCGGUCUGGCCGCCUCGCUGCACCUGACGGAGACCCAGGUGAAGAUCUGGUUUCAGAACCGGCGGAACAAGUGGAAGCGGCAGCUGGCCGCCGAGCUGGAGGCCGCCAACCUGAGCCACGCCGCGGCGCAGAGGAUAGUCCGGGUGCCCAUCCUCUACCACGAGAACUCUGCCUCGGAGGGCGCGGGGGGCGCGGCGGCCAGCGUGCCCGUCAGCCAGCCGCUGCUCACCUUCCCGCACCCGGGAGUCUACUAUUCCCAUCCCAUCGUCACGUCUGUGCCGCUGCUCAGACCGGUUUGAGAACCGCCGAAAAGAGUUUUGAUGUUUCAUCUUAUCACAAAAUAAUUAAAAAAGAAAGACAAUAUUUUUUUAUACAAAGUCCGGCACUGCGAAAAAACAAAACAAAAAAAAUAAUAAACUAAGAAGAGACUGUCACUGUCAGGCAAACGUGGACUUAUUUUGUCAGAUAGGUGAUUGUGUCAUUUCCCAUAAGGGUACCGAUGAUUAUUAUUAUUAUCAUUAUUAUUAUUAUUAUUAUUAUUAUUAUUAUUAUUGACAUCUCAGGAGUCUGCCCACUGUAUGAGUGUAUCUUUUUUUUAAUUUUCCUGAUUGUUACUGGAAAGGCCAGAUCUGUGCGAUGCAAAAAAAAAAAAGAGGGGGGCGGGGGGGACUUGUUUACAUAAAAGUGGCGACCUACUUCUCACCUAACACCCUCAUUUGAAUUUUAUUUCCUUUUCAAGAGCUGGUGACAGUGCUGUCAGAUGAGUGAAUUCACUAAACGUGAAAUACUUGUUUUCUCUUUUUUUUUUUUUUUUUUUUUAAGCGCUUGAAGGGGGACAAUCAAGACACUCCAGCUGUAUAAAAAAUAUCCACGUAGCUUUCUGUUUUUAGUGAUUCUUUUAAAAGCUCCUUCCACACAGACAGUUCUCUUAAGCACAAGUCUCCAAUGACAAUUUGUGUUUUUGAAACGGAAGGAUUAUAAAUAAUGAGACAAAAAAAAAUCACUGGUGUAAAAAAAUAAAAUAAAAUAAAUGUAUAUAUUUAAUGAGACGCGGAAAAAAGAAAAUUCCUUACACGCUUCUCAUUUGUAAAGUAAAAAAAAAAAACACGUUUUGAUAUUGUAUUGCUGGAUCAUGUUGUGAAAUAAAUCGAAAAUAUUCCUUA